AUGGAAGAAAUUGUUGAUCUAUUAACUGAUAUGGAUUCAAUACUAAAACGAACAGAAGAUUGUACUAAUACUGAAAAUACAUCGCCGAUCGACAAUGAACAAUUAGAAGAAAUUGUUCAUAUUCUUAAAGAUGUUAGAACAACGUUUAUUGAAGCUCUAAAAUCUGAUCUUAUGAUACAACGUGCCGUGGCUGAUAUCGUUCAAACUAAUCCCGAUUCGAUCGUUCAAUCAGCAGAUAGAAUAGUUGAUGUUAUGUACGAUGGCAUUGUUAAACAGAUUGGCGAACGUCUUGGUGCGUUGGAAGCUCGAAUAGCUAAAAUUGAAGCAAGAACCGAGGAUUUACAACGAUACAAUCGAUCGUUUAAUUUACGUUUUUAUGGUUUCGAAGAGCGCAAAGAUGAAAAUGUUAAAAGUCGUGUGAUGGAUUUUCUCAAUACGCAUAUGAAUCUCAAGAUGAAUGUGAAUGUUAUUGAAAAUUGUCAUCGUCUACCGACUGCAAAUCAACAGCAAACGAAACCGCGACCUAUUAUCGUUCGCUUCCAUUCUCGACCCGUUCGACAACAUAUAUUAUCGUCUCUUGGUCAACGAAAAGGGAAAAAGCUAAAUAUCACUAUUGUCGAAGAUCUAACACCAUUGGCUUUAAAUCUGUACUAUCGUACAUGUGAUCGAUUUCAAGAUAACGAGAAAAAACGAGUUAUUACUAGAAACGGUCGUAUUUUUGUUCGUAAUCCUGACAAACCACUGACAUUAGUUGCUGAAUGA